CCUUGAAUCGCAAACGGUGCCACUGAGAAAGACUGACGUUGGACAAAACAACGGAAUGCAUUUGGUGCAUGUUUACAAGUCAUCACCAUGGAGAUGGGACAUGCGAUGAAGCUUUUCUGGGGAACUUGAUGAGGGGCAUUCAAUUGCCAGACUUGAUGAUGAUGGGAAGGUUUCUUAUAUUUAGCAGUAUCAUGGAAAUGCCAAUGAGCCUAUGAAAACACCAUACAACACAACGAUUUGAUGCCUUCAUUAAUCCAUAUUGAUCUUACUUCUGCACAAGACAAGGUUUUCAUCGUCGGGAUACAAUACAACCCAUGAUGAGGAAAGAUGAUCUCCACUCGACCUUUGAGGUCAUUUCGACAUGGGAUCCACUUUGUUAUCAGUAAUGAUAGAAUGGCAUCUUCCUGGACAGCAUGCAACAAUCAAACAAAGGGGAUGGUUUAAUUCUUUCCUUUGAGAAAAGAUGGGGGAGAAGCAUUGGAAGGAACAAAUGUUUAUAGAAGACUUUCAUAUUGGAUUGAAUGUAUUGAAAGUGUUAAUGUUAUUUAACUUCUGGCCUCAUUUUCAGUUCGACCUUAAUUAUAAUACAGUUACAAUAACUUUCUAACAAC